ACUCGCGUUCAAUUGCUGGCAACGCAUCAUCAGUUGCAUGCUGGCAUUCAACGACAGCGCACGGCCCUCGUAGGCAUGCCUAUUGGCCAAGUAAACAGUUUUUGGCGCGCAUUUUAAUCGACAUAUGCAUGUAGUUCUGUUGUUGCUGUUCUUGUCCCCAUUCCUAAUUUGUAGCCUACAUUUUUACAAAAUAAUACGACAAGAAGUGACACUUGGAGAUUGAGUGACUUGCUAUUUUUGUCUGUAUUUUUGUUAACGUUUACGUUUGUGUGUGUUUGUGUGUGUGUGUACUCGAAACAUUUCGCGUUAUCAGAACAACAUGUAAAUCCUUAUCAAUGGCGUCGAGCAGCAGGCUUAAAUACCGUUACGAAUCGCUUGGCUCUGCCGCCGCACAACUUCAUUGGCUGAAUUGCCUUAUACGGCUCUGCCUGUUUAUCAAAGUUGCUAAGCUGGCUGCAUACGCCGAGGAGGUCAGCAGCGGGACUGGCAUCUCGGAAGAAUGGGGCUCUGGUUGGAAAGGCGGCACCAACUUUCUUGUGGAAGUCGAGGAAACAGCUGUCAUGUCACCGAAUGUCGCACGUGGCAGCAGCAACACAUCCGAGGAUUACAUCGCUGAACUAGCCAACAGCCGAGAGAUAGACCCCACUGGCGCAACCAUCUCUGCAAAUGACACAAAAAUUGAAACGGGACCCAAGAUCAUAGUGCGCACCGAGGAGGUGCUGAUUGUUGGACUCGUUCUUAUGCUCUGGGUGGGUGCAAUAAUGCUCUUCUUCAAUCGCUGGGGCAAGAUACGCAUGCUGGAACCCUAUCAGCCAAAGUUCCAGCAACAGCAUCGCAGCUCCUGUCCCUUGGUCGAAUUGGACGCAGUGACAACGCAUCAGCGCACCUCCGUUUCACGCAUGUCGAUGGGAAUGGUGCAUAAUCAUGCUCUGAAUAUGCCAACGUGUCAUUUUGCGGCCUAUAACCCGAGUAUUUAUGCAAAGGGCUACGCAUCGCAUGUCUCGAACGCUUCAAGGCCUCGCCAGAAUUCAGUCUUCGUUGGAGCCAGCACGAGUCACUAUUUGAUGCCGAGAGCGCCCCGAAAGACGCGCUCCGCCAUGGAUCUGCACUCGAUGGUGUUGGAUGAGAGCGCCGAGCAGGUUUAGAUACAUUCAAGAGAGAUGAGUUGAGUCCGAAUGUGUGUGAAUGUGUGAAUGAGUGAGUGUAUUUGUAUUGAGUGUGAGAGUGCACAAUGAAUGGGAAAUAAGUCAGUGAGUAAGUAAGCAGGUGGUAGGCAGUAAGUGUAAGUGUCAGUAGAGCGCAGAAGAUGAUCAAGAAGCAUUGAAUAUAGAUUGACAAUUGAUAAGAACAACAACACUGUCCAACAAAUUGCAACAACUACUAUUUACAACGUGUUUUUAAACUCAAAACUACGCAUUACUUAAGCGAGACAGCUAACAUCUACCACAUCUCCUCUCCGAUCCUCUCCUCUCACUCUCGCUCUCCCUCUCUCUAUUAAUUGUUCUCUCUCUCUCUCGCUCUUAUUUGAUCGCUGUCUCUACUAAGUGGCUGUUGUAUCUAUCGUAAUACAAUUUAGUCGUCAUCCAUUCAAUGGAAUCCCAAAACAUAUUUCUCCAAUUGGAAUCACAUGAGGCACGUAGCAGUUCACUUCUGUUCGAGCAACGAAUGCUGAUUGCUAUAAAACUGAACGGUUUACAUUUUCGCUAGGCAGCUUUUGUCAGCCAUGCGCUAAAUAAAUACAUAUAUAUUUUAUAGUAUUAUUAACUAGUAAAUAUCUAAAAUCUAUUCUAUUCUAUAAAUAUAUGCUCGUAACAGUCUCCCAGCUGGUAACUACCACACACAAAUUGAUUUCGUUAUAUCCACAAAUAAGAAUAUACCUAAAUGUUUACUUAGUAUUACAAAUGAAUAUAGCUGGUUCUGCAAAUAGUUUUGUUGCAAAAAAAAAACAAAAUAAUAAUAAAAAAAAAAACAAUAAGCAUAAGCUCAAAAUAUCCCAAAUACGAGUACAUAUUACGCUAUAUCCUAAAUAUAGAUAUUAGAUUUCAUUGACGCGAUCAGCUUGAGUCCAAUGGGAAACGGAAUAGAUCGAGAAUAUUAACAGAAUAAUGCUGAAAUUAUGUUAAAUUAAAAUCAAAAUUGAUGAUUGAUGAUUGAUGCUUGAUGUCACUCUGUGUGAAUCCGUCAUAAGGAGCAGAAUGGGAGAGACAUAAAUUAUAACGAGUCAAACAGACGGAAAUGACUCCAACGAACAAAGGUAAGGAAAUCUGAGCUCCAACGAAUGGAUUGAAGGAGAAUGGGACUCACUCGAAUCAAAGGAAUAAAACAAACACGGUGAACUGUUUGUUCGUACGCCAAAUUAUAAACAAAUAAGCCCAAUUCGUUCAAUUAAACUGCAACGCGCAACUUUUUCGUUUAAACUUCAAUUUGGUAGGCUUGGGAGAUUUUAUUUUUAUUGAUCUAUUUAUUCAGGCUUAAAACAGGCUUGUUUUUUGCGCUUUUGCGUAUAUGCAAAUGCUACAAGCCGUUUGAAUGUCUUAAAAGUCAAUUUGACCCCCUCUGCUUCACAGAGGUGUUGCCUUCAUUUGCAUAGUGCAUAGAUUGUAGAAAUAGAAAUAUGGUAUCUUGUAUUUGUAUCUUAUAACCUUACUUAUAGCCUAUACCAUAAACUAUCUGGGCUCAACGGCUGCCCCUCAAUAUUCUCGUAGUUCAUUUUAUUGUCUUUCGCAUAGAGGCGUUACUCUUUCUAAAAAACUGUCUGUCUAUCUAUCUAUCAACAUAUACAUAUGUAUCUCUAUCUAUCUCUAUCUAUAACUACAUAUAUAGAAAUGAAGCUUAAGCACAUGUUAGAUGACGUAAUUUGUAAGUAACUGUGCUUACUUUCGACCAAGAACAAGAACCAGAACAAGAACAAGAACAACUACAACCAAAUGUAUGACUAACGAAAGCUUUAAACAAAUAAACAACCCAUCCAACUGAAUAAACUAAUGUUAUAUAAAUAUAUAUAUACACGAAUA